AGCCGCUGUCUCCAGCCUCUCCUGGCUUGACUGGCACAGGGAGCCAGGCUGGAGGAGGCAGCACAAAGCGAGAUCAGAAGAGUGGACACUGGCAAGCGGAGGGCAGGCUCUUUCCUGGCCUCCUUGACACCAUGGACAGCUCCCGCUAACGAAGGCACUUCAUCCUUGAGAUCCGGGAUUCCUAUACCCCCUUCUUGUCAAAUUGGGAUUUCACCCACCAUUCUCCAAGGGGGCACUGAAGUUACACCCUGGUUCCAGUGUUGGGAUCUGUAGCCUCUCUGGACAUGGCUCUCCUGGAAGAUUCCAUUGGGGUGGAGGACCUUGUCCUCCUGGAACCUCUGGCGCAGGAGUCUCUGCUCAAGAACCUUCAGCUUCGCUAUGAAAACAAGGAGAUUUAUACCUAUAUUGGGAACGUGGUGAUCUCAGUGAAUCCCUACCAGCAACUACCCAUCUAUGGCCCAGAGUUCAUUGCCAAAUACCAGGACUAUACCUUCUAUGAAUUGAAGCCCCACAUCUAUGCAUUGGCAAAUCUGGCAUACCAGUCACUGAAGAACCAGGACCAAGACCAGUGCAUCCUCAUCACAGGAGAGAGCGGAGCAGGGAAGACCGAGGCUAGUAAGCAGGUGAUGUCCUACGUGGCAGCUGUCUGUGGGAAAGGGGAGCAGGUGAAUUCUGUGAAGGAACAACUGCUUCAGUCGAAUCCAGUUCUGGAGGCUUUUGGCAAUGCCAAGACCAUUCGCAACAUCAACUCUUCUCGCUUUGGAAAAUACAUGGAUAUUGAGUUUGACUUCAAGGGAGAUCCUCUCGGUGGCGUCAUCACAAACUAUUUGCUGGAGAAAUCCCGAGUGGUGAAGCAGCUCAAAGGAGAAAGGAACUUCCACAUCUUCUAUCAGCUACUGGUUGGAGCAGAUGCACAGUUGCUAAAGGCUCUGAAGCUCAAGCGGGAUACAAGUGGCUAUGCCUAUCUGAACCAGGAAGUGUCCAAAGUGGAUGGCAUGGAUGAUGCGUCCAACUUCAGGGCUGUACAGAGUGCAAUGACUGUGAUUGGGUUCUCAGAAGAGGAGAUUCAACAAGUGCUAGAGGUGAUAGCCCUGGUGCUGAAGCUGGGGAACGUGGAACUGGCAGAUGAAUCCCAGGCCAACGGGACACCAGCAAGUGGCAUCUAUGAUGGGCAAGGUGUUCGAGAGAUUGGGGAGAUAGCGGGUUUGAGUUCCCAGGAACUAGAGAGAGCUUUGUGCUCAAGAACGAUGGAAACAAACAAAGAAAAGGUGGUUACUGCAUUGAAUAUCAUCCAGGCACAGUACGCUCGGGACGCUCUGGCCAAGAACAUCUACAGCCGCCUCUUCAACUGGAUAGUGAACCGAAUCAACGAGAGUAUCAAGGUAGGCACUGGGGAGAAGAAGAAGGUCAUGGGAGUCUUGGAUAUCUACGGCUUUGAAAUAUUAGAGAAUAAUAGCUUUGAGCAAUUUGUGAUCAACUACUGCAAUGAGAAGCUCCAGCAGGUGUUCAUAGAGAUGACACUGAAAGAGGAACAAGAGGAAUAUAAUAGAGAGGGCAUACCGUGGACCAAGGUGGACUACUUUGAUAAUGACAUCAUCUGUAACCUCAUUGAGCAUAAUCAGCGAGGUAUCCUGGCCCUGCUGGACGAGGAGUGCCUGCGGCCUGGGGUGGUCAGUGACUCCACCUUCCUGGCGAAGCUGAACCAGCUCUUCUCCAAGCAUGACUACUACGAGAGCAAAGUCACCCAGAAUGCCCAGCACCAGUAUGACCACACCAUGGGCCUCAGCUGCUUCCGCAUCUGCCACUAUGCGGGCAAGGUGACGUACAGUGUGGCCAGCUUCAUUGACAAGAAUAAUGACCUACUCUUCCGGGACCUGUCCCAGACCAUGUGGAGGGCGCGGCACCCUAUCCUCCAUUCCUUGUUUCCCGAGGGCAAUCCCAAGCAGGCAUCUCUCAAACGCCCUCUGACUGCUGGGUCCCAGUUCAAGAGUUCUGUGGCUGUCCUCAUGAAGAACCUGUAUUCCAAGAACCCCAACUACAUCAGGUGCAUUAAGCCCAAUGAGCAUCAGCAGCAAGGUCAAUUCUCCUCCAAGCUGGUUGAAGUGCAGGUCCGGUACCUGGGUCUGCUGGAGAAUGUGCGGGUACGACGGGCAGGCUAUGCCUACCGCCAGGGGUACAGGCCCUUCCUGGAAAGGUACCGAUUGCUGGGCCGGAGCACCUGGCCUUCCUGGAAUGGAGAAGAUCGGGAGGGGGUUGAGAAGGUCAUGGGGGAGCUGAGCUUGGCCCCAGAGGAGCUGGCCUUUGGGAAGACAAAGAUCUUCAUUAGAAGCCCCAAGACUCUCUUGUACCUGGAGGAGAAGCGGCGCCUGAGACUGCAGCAGCUGGCCACUCUCAUACAGAAGGUGUACCGCGGCUGGCGCUGCCGCAUGCACUACCGGCAGAUGCGCAGAAGUCAGAUCCUCAUCUCCUCCUGGUUUCGGGGCAACGUGCAAAAGAAACACUAUGGGAGGAUAAAGGCAUCGACAUUGCUGAUCCAGGCAUUUGUGAGAGGGUGGAAGGUCCGCAAGGAUUAUCGAAAGUAUUUCCGGUCGGGAGCUGCCCUCACGUUGUCAGGUUUCAUCUACAAGAGGAUGGCACAGAAAUUCCUACUGGGGCUCAAGAAGAGUCUGCCGUCUACCAACGUCUUGGACAAGGAGUGGCCACCCGCCCCUUACAAGUGUUUUAACACAGCGAAUCAGGAGCUGCAGCAGCUCUUCUACCGGUGGAAGUGCAAGAAGUUCCGGGACCAGCUGUCCCCGAAGCAGGUAGAGGUCCUGAGGGAGAAGCUCUGUGCCAGUGAGCUGUUCAAGGGCAAGAAGGCUUCUUACCCCCAGAGUGUCCCCAUACCAUUCUGCGGUGAUUACAUCGGGCUGCAAGGGAACCCCAAGCUGCAGAAACUGAAGGGCAGGGAGGAAGGGCCCAUUCUGGUGGCAGAGACUGUGAAGAAGGUCAAUCGUGGCAACGGCAAGACCUCCUCCCGGAUUUUCCUCCUGACCAAGAGGCAUGUGAUUCUCACAGACGCCAAGAAGUCCCAGGCCAAGACUGUCGUUGGACUGGACAGUGUGGCCGGGGUGUCAGUCACCAGCCUCAAGGAUGGGCUGUUUAGCCUGCAUCUGAGUGAGACAUCAUCGUCAGGCUCCAAGGGGGACUUUCUGCUGGUCAGCGGGCACGUAAUUGAACUGCUGACGAAAAUGUACCGGGCUGUGCUGGAUGCCACGCAGAGGCAGCUGCCAAUCACUGUGACUGAGAACUUCUCAGUGAGGUUCAAGGAGGGCAGUGUGACUGUCAAGGUCGUCCUGGGCCCUGGGGGUGGUGAGGAUGGCAAGCUAAGCUGCAAGAAGAAGGGGAGUGGUCGCCUGGAGGUGACUGUACAGUGAGAGCGGUGGGAGCCUCACGCAGAGACGGCAGCUUCUCCCUCCUGGACCGGCACCAACCAUCCCUCCCCCCUCUUUUUGGGAGGAUCUUCUGUCUGAGGCCUCUGAUCAUAGGGCGGGGCUUAGAGAUUGAAGAGCCUUUAAAGACAAGUUUUCUUCUUCCAAAACCUUUCCAGUUCUUUCCUCCAAACUUGGCUUCCUUCCACCCUCAGCCUCUUUGCCCACUAAUAAAACUUGUGACUUCUGAA